CAUGAUAAAGGUGUGUGUCUUGUUUGCAUGCUCCGCCUCGCCUUGAGGGAGGGGGAGCAAAGGUAAGAGGCUCAUUCACACACUGUGAAGACUCGUCUGUUCCAGCACACCUGAGGGGGCGCGGCCUCCUCGCAAAGGAAGUCUGAGUACGAGGAAGUGGGGAAUGCAUUGUCUGAAGGACUUCGAGUGUGAAAGAAGGCACAACACAGGCGAGGGUGUUUCUGUGUGUCAACAGUUCAGAGAGAGAGAGGAAAUUACGUUUAGGGACGACAACAGCAGGACUCGUUGAAAAAGAAUGGGGAAGAGAAGAGGAGGGAUUUUCUAGAAAACGAGAUCAAACCUUCCGAUCUCAGCCUGACAACAAACUGUUAUCAAGUUUUUAGUGUAGGAGAGCUCCUCAGUAUGCGCAGAUGCUAGGAUUCAGCCGGUUGAGUGGGUGCUGUGCAACCCUCCUGCUGCGCAGACGGCCCGGGGAUGACGUCAGGCUGAGACGGGACUACUGCAGUCUGGACUCCAGGGUCUGCGAGGAACCCCAGGAAAGUGUGCUGGAGGACGAGAAAAGUGUGAAGGAGGGAAUCCUGUUAAAGCAGACCAGCUCCUUCCAAAGAUGGAAGAGGAGGUACUUUAAACUCAGAGGGAGGACGCUCUACUACGCCAAAGACUGCAAGUCCCUGAUUUUUGAUGAAGUGGACCUAUCGGACGCCAGCGUGGCCGAGACCAGCACCAAGAACAUCAACAACAGCUUCACGGUGAUCACCCCGUUUCGUAAACUGAUGCUUUGUGCUGAAAGCAGGAAGGAAAUGGAGGAUUGGAUCACGGCUCUUAAAUCCGUUCAGAAAUGGGAAACCUAUGAGGCCAGCCAGUUCAACAUGGAGCAUUUCUCUGGGAUGCACAACUGGUACGCCUGCUCACAUGCCAGACCCACCUUCUGCAACGUCUGCAAGGAAGCCCUGCCGGGCGUCACCUCCCACGGCCUGUCCUGUGAAGUUUGCAAGUUCAAGGCUCACAAGCGCUGUGCCGUUCGCUCCACCAACAACUGCAAGUGGACCACGCUGGCUUCCAUAGGAAAUGAGAUCAUUGAGGAUGAGGAUGGGGUGUCCAUGCCGCACCAGUGGCUGGAAGGCAACCUGCCCGUCAGCGCCAAAUGCGUGGUGUGUGACAGGAACUGCGGCAGCGUGCGGCGGCUGCAGGACUGGCGCUGCCUCUGGUGCAAGGCCAUCGUGCAUAACAGCUGUAAAGAACAAAUGGGGAAGGUGUGUCCCCUGGGCCAAUGUCGAGUCUCAAUCAUCCCACCCACUGCACUUAACAGCAUCGACUCAGAUGGUUUCUGGAAGGCCACCUCUGGAUCUUGUGCCAGCCCCCUCCUGGUCCUGGUGAACUCCAAGAGCGGCGACAACCAGGGGGUGAAGUUCCUCCGCAAGUUCAAGCAGCUUCUGAACCCAGCUCAAGUCUUUGACCUGAUGAACGGAGGCCCAGAGCUCGGGCUGCGGCUCUUCCAGAAGUUCGUGACGUUUCGCAUCCUGGUGUGCGGCGGAGACGGCAGUGUGGGCUGGGUGCUGUCGGAGCUCGACAAGCUCAACCUGCACAAACAGUGCCAGCUCGGAGUCCUUCCCCUGGGGACGGGCAACGACCUGGCCCGCGUUCUUGGCUGGGGCGGCCUGUGCGACGACGACGCCCAGCUGCUGCAGAUCCUGGAGAAGCUGGAGAGAGCCACCACCAAGAUGCUGGACCGAUGGAGCGUAAUGACAUACGAGGUGCCCCCCACCAAUAAACAAACGCCCACCGUGAAGGAAGACGACAGCCAUGAGGCUCCGCUGCAGGUCCACAUCACUCAGUAUGCAGACUCCGUCGCCUGCCACCUGGCCAAGAUCCUGGACUCUGACAAGCACAGCGAUGUCAUCUCCUCCGCCAAGUUCCUGUGUGGGACGGUGAACGAUUUUGUGGCAGAGGUGGGGAAGGCAUACGAGAGAGCCACAGAGAACAAGGAGGAGGCAGAUGCCAUGGCAAAGAAGUGCGCGCUGCUGAACGAGAAACUGGAUUCGCUGGUGAAGGCCUUAAGCGAGGAAGCAGAAGCUCAGGUGGUGCCGGCAGGUUCAGCACCAAGCCAGGAGAGUGGCGGCUCAAGCCCUGGUGAAAGUGGCGGCGAGUCAGGCUCUGAGGGCAAAACGUAUCGGUCCAAAGAGCAGCUGAUGCUGCGAGCCAACAGCCUGAAGAAAGCCCUGAGGCAGAUCAUCGAACAGGCUGAGAAAGUGGUUGAUGAGCAGAACAGACACACGCAGGUCCAGAGGAUGCCGUCUUCAUCCUCCAUCACCAGGGAGAACAGUGAGGAGCUGAAGGAUGCCGACACACGAGGUUUGAGUCCCACUUCGCCCAUCGUCCUGGAGAAAACAGAAAGUCUGAACGCAGUCACCUUCAACGAGGACACAGUUCAGUGCACAGAGAAGUGUGUGAUGAAUAACUACUUUGGCAUCGGACUGGACGCCAAAAUCUCUCUUGAGUUCAACAACAAGAGGGACGAGCAUCCCAAAAAAUGCAGUAGUCGCACCAAAAACAUGAUGUGGUACGGAGUCCUCGGGACCAAAGAGCUGGUCCAGAAGACUUACAAGAACCUGGAGCAGAGAGUCCAGUUGGAGUGUGACGGCGUUGCCAUGUCGCUGCCGAGCCUGCAGGGCCUGGCGGUUCUCAACAUUCCCAGCUAUGCAGGAGGAAUCAACUUCUGGGGCGGAACCAAAGAGGACAACAACUUUGGAGCGCCGUCGUUCGACGAUAAGAAGCUGGAGGUGGUUGCAGUGUUUGGCAGCAUGCAGAUGGCCAUGUCCAGAGUCAUCAACCUGCAGCACCACCGCAUCGCUCAGUGUCGGCAGGUGAAGAUCACCAUCCUGGGGGACGAGGGCGUCCCGGUGCAGGUGGACGGGGAAGCCUGGAUCCAGCCGCCCGGCAUCGUCAAGAUUGUGCACAAGAACCGUGCUCAGAUGCUCACCAGAGACAGGGCGUUUGAGAGCACGCUCAAGUCGUGGGAGGACAAGAGGAAGAUCGACAGCUACCGCGCUGCCAGGCCGCGCCUCAACUCCCAGCAGUCCAUGGAGUACCUCACCGAGGAGGAGUGCGCCCAGGUGCAGCAGCUGGGCAUCGUGGCCGACAUGCUCAUCAAUAAGAUCCGCGAGGCGGCUAAGACCCACAAGCUGGUGGAGCAGGAGCUGGCUCACGCCGUGAACGCCACCGCCCUGGUGCUCACCGAGGCCAAGGUGUCCAGCAACGAGUGUCUGAGCCGCAGCACGGCAGUGGAGAUCGUCAACAGCAGUAAAGUCCUCCAGGCCGAGACCAGCAUGCUGCUGGACGGGAAGCUCCUGUCGGAUUUUCCCGAGGAGGAAGAGCUGCGAUUGACCCUGAACAAUCUGAGCGCCGAGCUGCUGAAGCUGGAUGACAUCCACUGGAUCUGUCCGCUCAUGCAGUGCUCCGAGGAGGACUCUGUGCGGAGCAGCAGUAAAGGCACCAGCAGCAUGAAGCUGAAGAUUAUCCCCAAAACAAAGAAGGAGAAGGAGAAGCUCCACAAGCAGAAGUCCAACAGUUCUCUCUCAGGAACGUGGGAUCUUAAAAGUGGAGCAGCCGAGGCAGAUUCCUCAGUCAACUGAACACCUGCGCCUCGCUUUAAUACCCCCCUCCGACAGGAGAGGGCACGACCCCCUCUCGCCCGCUUCCUGUCCAGUCAUGAGGCCCCCCGGCUUCCCAGAGGUAUCGCAACCUGAAGUAAUACCUUCUUCCCUACUUUUAAGCGUUUUGCUCUGUUUUACUUCUUCGUCAUCUGGUUUUUUGCAAACCAGCAGGUAUUUUUUUCCCCCCUCCAAUUUCAUCUUUUUUUAAAAAGUGGGGCCUGUUUCUGCGUGGCGUUGCUUUAAUGCCGCCAUUUUGUUUUUAUUUCUGAGUGCAAGUCAAAGAGAGAAACCAUGCAGGUAGUGGCAAAACAAGGAAAUGCGUUUACGUGGUGCUGACCUCGCAUGUCAGGUUUUAUCAUAAGUUGUUACAAUCUAGAUUUUUUAUUUUUUAUUUUUCUUUAUAUGUCGAACUUCUGACUAGCCUUUGGACUGCAUAUUUAUUUCUUGUUGCUACUGCCAUGAGAACUCCCAACGGCAACAAAAUCAAGAAAAAUGAACAAACUGAGAUGUCUCAGCUUUAUCGUCUGCUGAACUGGAAAAUAUCUUCAAUGUUGCAAAAAAACAAAAACAAAACAAAAAUAUCCUAAGGAAUGUACUUGUGUGGACUUUUAAUAACCUGUGAAUUAAGAUGCUGUCCCGUUUGGCUCCGCGGCGGUUCUGUCGUCCUUUUAAAGUGGUUCUUCAGUGAACUCGUGCGAUUCCGCUGCAAAAACAAAAACGAGAAAAGCGUGAAUCAUUUUGUCGAGAACUCGGCGGGGUUUAGAAGUACGUCGUUGGGUUUUAUUAUGUGACUUACGUGGGAGGAAACUCUCCCCCUGCUGUGCGUGUUUUACACUUGAAUUCAGAGCCGUUGUGAGGAGCAGCACCGGACGAAACGACUCGGCGAGGCCGAUCCUUUUCUGCCAUUGUCUGGCGACGGCGUUUACAGGAGGAGGAAGCAUCAAGGACACUUUGAUACGACUCAGCAGCUUCUCAGUGUGUCGCUCUUACUUUGUCAUACUACAUGAUUGUAUACUAAAUAUAGGAAUAAGAACUAUUAUGUAUUAGAUUUUUUUUGCCUUGUCUGUGGUUAAAAGCUAUUAUUAUUAUGACAAAUAUAUAUCUAUUUUUUGUAUACCUUAUUUUCCUAAAUGGUAAUCUGUGAAGCUGUCCUGGCUUUGCUGCUUCCCCCUUUGAGAAGUUCAAUCACACAUCCUGUGUCCCUGCAUGCACGCCAAGCCUUUCUUCGCCUCACAGUGGAAAUCGCCUCACAGUUUAGCUUGCUUGUUGAGACCUGCGUUAUGUUUGUGAACGCCAUACUAGUUUUUGAGAACAUACAGAAGGACCAUUGUUGAACAAUUUUUUAUUCUAAGUAAAUAUUUUUUGAGCUUCUGUUGACCAUAGACUUCCUGAUUACCAUUUAUAAGUGACAUUUUUAUGUGAGAUUUUUUUUUUUUUUUUGGACACUUUAGAAA